CACACACACACACACACACACACACAGACGGACGGACGGACGGUGAAGGAAUGCCAGAUAGCCGAGAGACACAGCCCUAUGUGCUGAAGGACAUGAUGGGACCUCGUCAUCUUUCUCUGAUCCAGGAGGAGUCAGGCAGUAGAGAAAGUACGGGUGUGUUUCCUCCCCUCUCUGGCGCCCCCCAGAGGUCCCCAGCAGCCGAGCGGCCGAGAGGGCGAGAGGGGAGAAGAAGGGAGAUCAGAGAGCAGGAGGAUGAGGAAGGGGAGGGAGUAGGGAGGGAGGAGGAGGAGGAGGAGGAAGAGGUAUCGGUGAAGGAGGAAGAGGAGAGCGAGAGGGGAGGUGAUCCGGCAACGCUGGCUCUCUAUGAGGAGCACAGGAGGCUGGAGGACAGCAGGUGUCUACUGGAGGAGCUGACCCUCAUCGAGGCUGACCUCCGUCAGUCAGACCUUCUGGAUGUGGGGCGACAGAGAGAGCGAGCGUUCCUCCGCGAGACGGACAACCGCAUGCGGUGGCAGAGCCUGCUCCACCUCAGCCUCAGCCAGCGGGUCACUAGACCCUGGGUAACCAGCUACUUCCGGAAGUAUCCCAUGCAUAUCUACUGUCUCCCCAUCCAAGACGUCCCCCGCAGGAGAAUCAAGAACCCGACCAGCAGGAGAUGAGGACGAAUACUGACCGAUGAUGUUUCGAUGAGGAACAUAAUGGUCAAACCGUAACAAUGCCUGUGUCUCCAUCUAGUGGCAAUUUAGUGCAAGUAAAUUAGAAACUGGUUUACAAUAAGUUCUUGCUAAUGCUAUGGUUUUAUUUGUUAUUUUUGUGGUUGGUAUAUGUUGGUUUGGGUUUUAAUCCUGUGAGUGGGAGAUGUUGACUUGUCCUGGUUUUUCCUUUUUUUACAUUAUGUAUAAAAUCUAGUCCUACUAAUAUACAUUUGUUAUGUACUUGUGCAACGAAAUAAAUACAAA